UCAGCUCUCUUCUCAGUAAAACAAAGUCCUUCCUAGCUGUUGAUUUCUAGCUUACGAGCUCUUACGCAGAAAGAACCACGGCUGUGAUGUUCUGAGUCCUAUGGUAAGCUGGGUCUCUUGCUAGCUGUGUAGCCCUGGGAAAGCUACUUAUGCCUCAGCUCCCUCAAUUGUCAAAUGGGUUCAUCACUAUCUAUACUGUUACUUCAUAGGGUGAAAGUGAAGACGGACAGGUACAACGGAUAUAAAAACACUUUGAAAAUUCCUCACAAAUGCAUUAUGUAAUUAUUAUCUAUUAUUUUUAUUAUCAUCCAUUUCCCCAUCUCCUCUUUCUUUGACUGCAGGGUUCCCCUUUUGUCUGUUAGAUCUGGGUUCAAUUCCUGACUUGUCCACAUACCACCUGUGCGACCUUGGUGGAGCCAGCCACCUGCAUGUUCCUCCUCUGUAAAAUGGAUAUCACAGAACCUGCCUCACUGCGUUUUUGGGAGGAGCGAGGCUGGUCAAGGAGGCAAGGGCUUUUUGAAACUCUUGGGGGCCAUGAAAUGGACGGAAUUGUUAGCGAGUGAGACAGCUGUUCACCAGACUCAGUGAAGACAGAAACCAAGUCAUGAUCGGAAUCCUCGUGGAGACCGGGGUAGAUCUGACAAUCUGUGAAAUAAAUAAACAGAAUGAUUUCAAAGCCACACCUGAGCUAUAAGUCAUGGCAGUGGAAUCCAGAAGGCUGUGGAGGAAAGGAACAAGCAGUGUGGGGUGGGCUUGCCCUGGGAGGUCUUCCUGGAGGUGGUGAGCUUCAAGUUACUUUUCACAUAAGGAGGAAUGUGGUUACCAGAAGGAAAGGGUUGCAGCUGGAGAGAAACCACCUCUGUUCUAGCUCAAGCACAGACGUAAGUUCUGAGAGAAGUCAAGAAUGCAUUCCUCUCUGGGGAAUUCGCUUAGGGGGGUGAGGGUCAAAUGGGUUUGCCCUCUUCACCAACCAUAGAAAGAGGACAGGACGUCCCCAUCCCCUGCCUGCUCAGGGAACAGAAAGGAGCCGGUGACCUUGCAGCUUGGAGUACAUUGCCCUUUGGCAGCUCCCAGGACCUGCGUGCCCCACUGCUCAGGCCAUCUUGAAACUAACACUUAAGGAAUGGACUCUCCAGGGCCACCUCCUCCCAACCCUGCUUUAUAAGACCCCAGUGACCCUGGCAUCUGCAACCAUAGCGCUCCUAGGGGUUCAGGUCCUCCGGGCAGCACAGAUUAGGCCUAUAAGCCAGUGCUUUUCCUGCCAAGCGGCCCUACGCACCACGCAGCUGAGGACCAACUUCAGCAGAGAAUCAGGGCCUUCUAGGGGCUUCUGGCCUUUGCUCAUAGCAGCCCAUUUCCAACUGCGAUUCAACACCGGGAAGAACUGAUUUGGAGGCCUGGAGUUAAAGGCCGUGGGCUCUGACAGGCGGCCCUCUCAAAGCACCAGCUGGUGGAGCCGGAGAGUCCGGUGUUGGGGAGCCUGGUGGUGAAGGUCUGCCUUGGAGCACCAGGGAGGCAAAUCUCAGCUGGAUUCCUCACCCUCUGCCCCCCAACCCUGCCAACCAACAAUGACCACCCUAGACUGCUGCCCUGAGACUUAAGAGUCAGGGGACAAGUGGAGGCAUGCUUGGGAGAGGGGGAGACUGAGGCAUGGUGACCGAGGGACCAGCAGUUGCUGGCCCUGCUUGGGUUACCUCUUCACACCUCCCAAAGACUUCCUUCAUCUCUGGAUCUUGGGGGAAUGAAGACCAUGGCUGGGUGUCUGUCUCUGCCCUCAAAUCUGGAACAUUCAGGCAAAGGGCUACGGGCUGGGAUCUUCACCUGCCCUGUCGCCUUUCCUGGUACCUCACUGUGGACACCACAAUCCCCGGAAAGACCAGAAGAACAAGAAUUGGGACAAGAUGCCAUCAGGGAAAAGCCGUUCAGCUUGGGAGGCUGCAGCUGGCCCCUCAGGCCCAGGAGGGUGCCAUUGAAAGCAUCACACCCCACUGGGGGCAACUUCCGAGGACCUGCUGCUCUUCUGUCCGGUCUCAGAGGCAUCUAACUACAGAACUGGAGCCUUGGGGCAGGAUAUCUCAGGACAGAGGCCCGACUGGGAUCCACCAAAAACCAUCCUGCUCAUCAGGGGCUGGAGGACGAAGGUGGGCAGGAGGUGAGGGUGCCCUUGCCAGCCCCUCCUCCCUGCCUUUGUGUCUUCCUGUCUGCGCGCUCACUGAGGUGUCGAGGGAAGGGGUGCUACUCAUACCAUCCAGGCCCCGGCACCAAGCACUUCACGACUCUCUUCCACCCGUGGACACAGCCAGCAGCUCUACCAUGGACAGGUGGUACUCAGGUGGCGGCUCCAAGGGGGAUGCGGACCCAUUCUAUUACGACUAUGAGUCUGUCCGCAACGGUGGCCUGAUCUUCGCUGCCCUAGCCUUCAUCGUGGGGCUCAUCAUCCUCCUCAGCAAAAGGCUCCGCUGUGGGGGCCAAAAGAAGCAUCGGCAAGUCAAUGAAGACGAGCUGUAACCCAGCUGUGCCCACCCCUGGCACGACGGCAGGCCGGGAAGCCAAGGACAUUCCUGGUCUGGAGGAAGUCCCUCUUGACCCCGCCAGAGCCAGGCCCUGGGACUGACGGAGGUACCAUGCUCCAUGUGACCUCUGGGUGGGCACCGCCUCCUCCUGCCCAGCCACCCUCAUGCUAAUAAUAAAGCGGCCUCAGAGAGGGCACCUUCUCUUGC